GAUGGUGAUGUUGAUGAUGGUGGCAAGUUGUAAGAGAGAAUAUAAAAAUGGGAAAUUCUCUUUGUCUUCUUGCAACUGUGAAGUCUAUAAGAAGAAGAUGAAGAAGAAGAGAGACCGACAGAUAAAAGCACACCAUAUGAAUUGAUCACCAGAUCAGAUCGGUUCAGUUCUUAUUAUGUUGCAUGAUCGUCUACUCUAAUGGAGACCGCCGACAGCAACACCCAGAAACUGAAGGCUCCUCCUUCUCCUACCACCACCACCACCAUUAAUGAAGUCGUUCUCUCAAUUUCUGCUAUUCAAGACGACGACUACUCUUCCUCCUGCACCACCUUCAAACCAACUCCAUUGGACCUUCCAUCCAGACCAGUUCAAGCUACCUCAAUUCCAACACCAUCUUCUCCGGAAAUACUCAUCCUUAAUUCUAACCCAUCUCCUGGCAGACCACCUAAAAUCCCACAAGAAAAUCUCACCCUCCGUCGAAGAAGUUCGCUCUCCCGCUCUCCAUAUUCCAAACCUAAGUCCAGAUUAUUGGAACCUAGCGACGAUGAUGCACGUUUCAUUCAAGGCAAGGACGUCUCUAUUAUAAAGUCUCCUCAAAUGGGAACAACAACGCCUAAAGGUGAUGUGAUGAAGAUUACUACUGCCCCUGUUACUCCUAGAACUCCAUUGAUAUCCCCGUCAAUGAGAGCAGCAAAUGAUGAUGAGGAAGACGAUGACGACGAUGUCUACAAGACUUCUAAUGUUGGGAUCGUUGAAAAAUCGGGUAUGAAGUUGCGGGUAGUCGUUUUAAUAGAGUUGGUUAUGUUUGUUUGCAUUAUGGGUGUUCUGGUUGCUAGUUUAACCAUCAGUAAACUGCAUGGCCAUAUGUUAUGGGGAUUGGAAAUAUGGAAAUGGUGUGUAUUAGUGUUGGUCAUAUUUUGUGGGAGAUUGUUUACUGAAUGGUUCAUAAACGUGCUAGUGUUCUUGCUAGAAAAGAAUUUCCUCCGUAAGAGGAAGGUUCUUUACUUUGUAUUCGCCAUGAAGAACAGUGUCCGGGUCUCGCUUUGGUUAGCCUUGAUUCUUAUGGCUUGGGCGCUUUUGAUUAACCGCGGUGUCAAACGAUCGAGGAAAACUACCCGGAUCUUGAAUUACAUCACGAGGGCACUUGCCUCUUGUUUAAUUGGGGCAGGCUUAUGGAUGGUGAAGACGAUUUUGCUAAAGUUAGUAGCAUCUUCUUUUCAUGUGAGUAGAUUCUUUGACAGGAUUCAGGAAUCUAUCUUCCAUCAAUAUGUUCUUCAGACACUUUCUGGGAAUCCACUUAUGGAAUAUGUUGGGAAAAGUGAUUCAAAGAGCAGUAGUGUUCAGCUGAGUUUCAGAAAGCAAACAAAGGGGAAGAAGGAGAAACAAAAAGUGAUUGAUGUUGAGAAGCUUCACAAGAUGACGCAAGAUAAGAUUUCUGCUUGGACAAUGAGAGGAUUAAUUGAAGUUAUAAGUGGGUCAGGUUUGUCUACUCUUUCAAGCGCACUUGAUGAGAGUAUUGACGACGAGGGCGUCGAACAAAAGGAGAUAACAAGUGAAGUUGAAGCGAAAGCAGCUGCUAUUAGGAUAUUCAAGAACGUAGCUAAGAGGGGUCACAAGUAUAUUGAAGAGGAGGAUUUGUUGCGUUUCAUGAGAAAAGAGGAGGCAGAUAAUGUUCUUCACUUCUUUGAGGGAGCCGUUGCAACAGGCAGAAUUCCUAAAUCAUCCUGGAAAACUUGGGUGGUGAAUGUGUACAACGAUCGUAAGUCGUUGGCUCAUUCUUUAAACGACACUAAAACAGCAAUAGAGGAGCUGAAUAAAAUAGUUUCAGGGAUUUUGUGUGUGGUUAUUGUGCUCGUCUGGCUGCUUUUGAUGGGUCUUUUAUCUACGAACGUGCUCGUCUUCAUUUCAUCUCAGCUUCUACUGGUUGUGUUCAUAUUUGGCAACACUUGUAAGACGGUUUUUGAAGCUAUGAUCUUUGUCUUUGUGAUGCACCCGUUUGAUGUCGGUGAUCGCUGCGUCAUUGAUGGAGUACAGAUGGUUGUAGAAGAGAUGAAUAUUUUGACGACAGUGUUCUUGAGAUAUGACAAUGAGAAAAUAUUCUAUCCAAAUACAGUUUUGGCUACAAAACCAAUCAGCAAUUUCUAUAGAAGCCCCGAGAUGGGUGAUUACGUGGAGUUUACUAUCGACGUUUCCACCUCGGUUGAGAGUAUCUUGGCUUUAAAAGCUAAGAUAAAAUUGUACUUGGAAAGUAAGCCCCAAUACUGGCGUCCGGGGCACGGGGUUACGGUGAAGGAUAUAGAGAACAUGAACAAGAUGAAAAUGGGUCUUUCCGUUUCACAUACCAUAAACUUCCAGAACAUCGGGGAGAAGAGUAGUAGAAGAUCGGAGCUACUUUUUGAACUUAAGAAAAUAUUUGAAGAGCUUGCUAUUAAGUAUAAUCUUCUUCCUCAAGAAGUUCACCUAAAAUAUGCAGGCAAUUAUUCAUCGCAGGGACCUGCGCCAUGAAUAUAUUAUUAUAGUCUUUUGAAAUUUAUUUGUCAAGAGAGUUUUUUAAGGUAUUAUCAACAUUAUUAUUUAUUGUUUUCCUGUCCAGAAAUUUUAUUCAUCAUCUAUUCUAUCUUACUUAAUUUCUCCCUAAAA